UUUUGGUUUGCUCAUACGACUCACUCUCUCUCCCUCUUGUUAUUGGAGAAGACCAAUCCAACAGAGAAGAGAACGUAAACAAGAGUUGUAUUCAUCAAUCUCUUGCUAUGGCGGAUCUUCCAGCGACUUCAUCAUCACCUCCAUCUUCAAAUGGUUAUGAAGCGACUUCAUCAACGACUCCAUCACCACCUCCAUCUUCAAAUGGUUGGGCUCCAUCACCAGCUCCAUCUUCAAAUGGUCAUAGAGGGUUUACAUUUGGGGAAAUAAAUACUUUUCGAGCGAGCUCGAGCAAAGUUAUUUGUUGCGAUUUCUCAUCUGAUGGCAAGUUGCUUGCUAGUGGUGGCCUUGAUAAAAAGGUGGUAAUGUGGUACACGGAUUCUUUAAAGCCAAAAACUAUUCUUGAAGAGCAUUCGGCACUAAUUACUGAUGUCCGUUUCAGUCCGAGCAUGCCAUGGCUUGCAACAUCUUCAUUUGACAAAACUGUUAGGCUUUGGGAUGCUGGCAACCCGGGUUAUUCACUUCGUACAUUCACGGGGCAUUCUGCUGCUGUUAUGUCGCUAGAUUUCCACCCAAAUAAGGAUGACCUUAUCUGCUCGUGCGACGGGGAUGGUGAAAUUCGGUACUGGAGUAUUGCCAACGGUAGCUGUGCAAAAGUAUUCCAGGGUGGUAGGAACAAUGUGAGAUUUCAACCUCGUCUUGGGAGGUAUCUUGCUGCAGCUGCAGAGAAUGUUGUAUCAAUAUUCGAUGUGGAGACGCAAGCUUGUCGGUAUUUGUUGCAGGGGCAUACUAAGGCAAUUGAUUCUGUGGUUUGGGAUCCGUCUGGUGAAUUCCUGGCAUCUGUUAGUGAGGACUCGGUUAGAGUGUGGUCACUUGGAUCAGGUACUGAAGGGGAAUGUGUUCAUGAGUUGAGUUGUAAUGGCAACAAAUUCCACUGUUGUGUGUUCCAUCAUACAUAUCCUUCACUGCUAGUCAUUGGAUGUUACCAGACGUUGGAGCUCUGGAACAUGACAGAGAGCAAGACUAUGACUGUCGUAGCUCAUGAAGAACUGAUAGCCUCACUUGCUGUAUCAACUGCGACAGGGUUGAUUGCUUCAGCUAGUCACGACAAGUUUGUCAAACUUUGGGAGUGAUAUGAUUCCUUCUCCAAAAACCAUAUAAGAUUAGUUUGUUAUUAGUAUAUAUCUGAUGCUUCUAGUCUGGGGAUUUCAAUCGCACAACCUGCCCCUUCUUUGGCGUUUUGCGCAAUGUCGGGCCUAAAGAAAAAAAAAUUUAUCCCAUUUAAAGCUGAGUUCGAGUUCAAACAUAAAAAUCUUGUACGGAUUAGAUUAUUGUCUUGUUUACUUGUUUGGAUUUAACUAA